GUGACGUCACGCUCGGAAGCGCAAAGUGUGCCUUUGGAUGGAUGAAUGAAGCGGCUGACAAACUUCAUUCAUUCAAUUUUUAAAGGCGUUACACUGUGUUUGCUGAGUAUUACGUAUUGGUUUUCUGCACUCGGUGGAAGUCUGCAUGGUUGCUUUUGUUGCUCCAGCUGGAAGUAUUUGCUUGGAAGCGUGUGCACGUGUUUGUGCACUUGCAUCCCGAACUGCAGCUGCAGCCCACUGUGUGUAUGAGUGUGGAGAGCCGGUGUGAGCCAUGUCCGUGUCAGUCAUCAUAAAGUGGGGAGGUCAGGAGUUCUCCAUCAGUUCUCUGUCUGAGGAGGACACUGUCAUGGACCUGAAACAGUCUAUUAAGACUUUAACUGGGGUGCUGCCAGAGAGACAGAAGCUGCUGGGGCUCAAAGUCAAAGGAAAGCCUGCAGAGGAUGAGGUGAAGCUGGGAUCCCUAAAACUGAAGCCAAACACCAAGAUCAUGAUGAUGGGAACCAGAGAGGAGGGCCUAGAAGAGGUCUUAGCCCCUCCACCAGAGAAUGAUGAUGUGGUGAAUGAUUUUGACAUUGAAGAAGAGGUCAUUGAAGUCGAGAACAGAGAGGAGAAUCUGGCUAAAAUAGCUCGUAGAGUGAAAGAUUAUAAGGUGGAGGAGUUGAACCCCCCCAGAGAAGGGAAGAAGCUUCUGGUGCUGGAUGUGGACUACACACUGUUUGAUCACAAGUCGUGUGCAGAAACGGGCCAGGAACUGAUGAGGCCAUUCCUUCACGAGUUUCUGACGUCAGCCUACGAGGACUAUGAUAUUGUGAUCUGGUCUGCUACAAGCAUGAAGUGGAUUGAUGCAAAACUGAAGGAGCUCGGCGUGACAGACAACCCUAACUACAAGAUCAUGUUCAUGUUGGACAGUGCAGCCAUGAUCACAGUACACACCCCAAAGAGAGGAGUGGUGGAGGUGAAGCCUCUGGGUGUGAUUUGGGGGAAGUAUGGAGAGUUUUAUAGCAGGAACAACACCAUUAUGUUUGAUGACAUCGGCCGCAACUUCCUCAUGAACCCACAAAAUGGAUUGAAAAUCCGACCUUUUAUGAAGGCACACCUUAACCGGGAUAAGGACAGAGAACUCUACAAACUGGCUCAGUACCUCAAAGAAAUUGCCAAACUUGACGACUUCACUGGACUCAACCACAAACACUGGGAGAGGUACUUAUCAAAGAGGCAGCACCACUGAGGAGGGACUUUAUCCAAAGUGAUGCUUUGGGUGGGACGCCACUGUUCCAUCACCCACUCCCCACACCGCCACACAAGCUCGCCUCUUACAAGCUUCUCAUUUCAAAGCUUCACACAAACCUGCACUUAACUUCAGACUGCCAACAGUCAAAAGCUCAGGACUAAGACGGGCUUCCAUGUUUAUAUCUGCAUGUCUCUUUUGACUUGUUUUUUCAAACAUCGUUUGGUUAAAGAACAUUACAGUCAAAUUUGGGAGCUGGUGUGUUAGAGUCUAUAAUAUGCCCGUACAGUAGGGGUGGAGUAUUUUCCAAGAUGUAAUACAAACCACAAUACACCUACUGAUACGUAUUAUGAUGCAUAAUUAAAUUGCUCUUUUUGUAGAAGGUAAUCUGUGAUGAAUGUUUAACUUUAAAGCAAACUAAAUAUUCUGAAGUAUAAAAUGUAAUCCUCAAUGUUAUGAUUCCUAUUUGCAUAUUUUAUGAAACAUUUAUGAUUCUUCUGCAAGAUGAAACGUUUUCUUAUAUGCAGUAGUUGACAUUUCAUGGUAUCACAAUACUCAUUUAAAAACAAUACGAUUAAUUUCAGACCUCAGGAUGUGAUUGUCACGAUACAUGGUGUGUUGUUCCACCCCUCCUGUAUGGAUAACGUGCUCGUACAUGCACAGAUCUACUGUGAGGCUGAAGGAAAAUAACAUUUUAACCUGCUUUAGGUCAAAAGCUCAUUUGCAUUAUCACGAAAUAAUGCUUACACUUGCAUGUUCUGUUUCAAAAAUGUACAUUGUUACCUGUACUACUCAGAGGUCACUGCUCCAGUGUGUAUACAGGUGUAGUGGUGUGUGGGUGUGGGUGGGGGGGGUGCAGAUUGUUACCCUGAUGGUUGUUGUUGGUUUAUUUGUUUUGCACAUUCUCAUCAGGAUGUAAAGGCUAGCUUUCUUUAUUUUUAUUUGAAGGAAAAGUGUAAAAUUUGUGUUGUGAGAUUUUAUUGAGCUCAUUUCAGUAAAUGUAGACACUAAAUAACACUGCAGGUGAGGUUGUUUUGUGCACUCUUGGACAUAGUGGUGCAGCAUGUGUGCAUUUUUACAUUUUUAGACUUUCUAUAUUAUGCAGAGCAGGAAGAUUGAAGGGUAGGCGUUGGACUACCAAUAUUUAGACCCAUUUGCAGUUUUUCAGGUCAAGCUACCAGUUUGUGUUCUCGGCGAUGACACUUCCUGUGCAUCAUCCCAGUCCCCCAAGCAGGAGUGGGUACCAGUCUUGGCUGGAGAAGUAAUUUGUGAUGGAAUAAGUUUCCAUCCACGAGGAGGCACAAACGCUCAUCUGUUUCAUGCUAUGGUACCUGGGGAUAAUCGCUGGCACCAGUGGACUUUUAUAUAGGAUUUGGACCCUGUGCCUAUAUUGUUUUGUUUUCUAUUCCUUCGGCAGAAAAGCAUUGAGUGAAAGCCAGGGGUGGUGGCCAAGCAGUUAAAUGCUACUUUCCAGUUCGAGACCAUCCCCUGCCCAUUCUCCAUGUAAUAUGGAGUUGUGUCAGGAAGGGCAUCCAGCAUAAAGCUAAAUCCAGCAUAAAGAUCCACCUUUGAUUUACUGUGGGGACCCUGAGUUAAACGGGAGAAGCCAAGGGGACUUACUUUACUAGUUUAUAAUGUACGGCGAUAAAACGCACUCACCCACAGCCACAACCAAGCAUCUGUCCAAUCUGUUGUCACAGAUUAGUUUUGUGUUUCUAUUGUGACAGAUUUUGAGGAACAAAUUAAAGCUCAUGCUUUACUCCUGUUUGCCCUGUUUGUGACAUCAAGGCACGUCUCUGAAAAGUGGAGAGAUUUUCAACUUAAAGGUGCUCUGAACAGGUGCAUUUUAAAAAAAGCAGUCCACCCAGAUAAAAGGUGCUGGAUGUUUUUUUGUUGCUGUUGUAUGUUUUUUGCAUGCACUCCAUUCUCAUUUAGAGCACUCGAUGGGAAAAAAAAUGGUAAAACACUGACUUGCAGGAAAAAAAAUGCGAUAUGGACACAGGGCCUUAGUACUUCUUGUAUCAUAAGAAAACAAUGUCUGCACUGGCUUUGAUCGCUCAUUGUCAGUUUAAAGUUGUGCAUGCAGAAGAUUUAGGUGUUUGAGG